GUUCAGGUUACCAUAGGAAAACGAUUCGCGGCGGUAGUAACAGAUCCACGUUUCUCAUCCAACGCUAAUGUCGAUAAAUAUGGGCGACCAGUGAAACGGACUCCAGGUGAUUUCUUGGAUCUAUAUACUCUGGAAGAUAGUGAUGAGGAAGACGAAGAAGACAAAGAGUUGCCUUUCAAGAAAGUGAAAAUAGCGAAGAGUGUAGGGCAACGCAAAAAAACGGAAGACGAGGAAGAGCGAGUAGCGGGAAGUGAUGACGAAAACGAAGAAGUAGAUGAGGCAGGCAGCGACGAUGACCGACCCAUAAAACUAGAUCUGGCUCGCGGUGAAGGGAAUGUUGAGUCGUCUUCGGACGAAGACGAAUCGGAUUCUGAGUCAGAAUGGCAAACAAAUGAAAAUCUAGAAAUGGAGAUUGAUCUAGCACAUCUAGAUGAAGAUGCAGAACAAGUCGAAUGGGCGACAAGUCGAAUUGCGGCCUGCAAUAUGGAUUGGAACGUAGUACACUGUGAAGAUCUCAUGGUACUCAGCAAAUCCUUCACGCCUCCGGGUGGUUCCAUAAAACGAAUCACGAUAUAUCUGUCAGAUUUUGGAGCAGAGAGAUUAGCUGAAGAAGACAAACAUGGUCCUCGGUUACAGCUUAGCAAGCCUUUGGAAGAGUAUGAAGGAGAUAAGAUUGAUGAAGAAACAAAAUUAGCGAUGCGAAAGUACCAGGUCGACCAACUACGAUAUUACUACGCAAUUAUAGAAUGCGACUCGACAGAAACUGCAGUUGCAAUUUACGAUCAGUGUGAUGGUUAUCAGUUCGAGGCAAGUGAUAUCAAGAUGGACUUCCGUUUUGUACCGGAUGGCAUGGAGUUUGAU